CCAAAUAAGGUGUGCGCGCUCCCGCGGCAGGGGAAACAAAAUCUCACGGACAUUUUUGUGUGCCUGUGAACCUCCGUCAAGGGGCGUCGAAAGCAGCUGAUAAUUGAUGCGGAGGGCUUUUUGGUCUGUUGACCUUUUACAGGAAAUGACGGCACUAACAUUCGGCUUGACAUUUGUUCGACAUGGAGAAACCCAGUAUAAUAAAGAUGGCCUGCUACAAGGCCAGGCCAUAGACUGUCCGCUGUCUGAGGAGGGGCUGCAGCAAGCCGAAUCUGCAGGUCGCUACCUGAAAGAUGUCAAGUUCUCCAACCUGUUUGUCAGUGACAUGAUGCGAGCGCGACAGACUGCCGAAACUAUUGUGAAACACAACAGUAGUUGCGCUGGUCUACAACUGGUAUGUGAGCCUCUACUUAAAGAGAAGAGCUUUGGGAUAGCCGAGGGUAAGCCAGUGCAGGAGUUGAAAGAUAUGGCCAAAGCUGCUGGUCAGUCUUUAGCUGUCUUUACACCUCCUCAAGGGGAAACUCAAGAGCAGGUGAAGCAGCGCGUCAAAGAGUUUUGGCUCAAAAUGGUCCAACAAGUCGGGGGGGAACACUGGCCCAACAGAGGGGAGAACGACGAGCGCUCUUCAGCGCCUCACGUAGAAGGCGAGGAGGCGGACAAUCUUCCUGUCCACGUGCUGGUGGUCUCCCAUGGGGGCUACUUGUCCGUGACUAUGCGCUCCCUUGUGGAUGAUUUACACUGCCCCCUACCCGAAGGCUAUAGCAGAGCACGCAUGUUCUCGUUGAGUCCCAACGCAGGUGUGAGUCGCUUUGUGCUCACCUUGACGAAAGACAACAAUGCUUUUGAGGUGUCUAAGAUUCAAUGCUUGUUCGUCAAUAAGGGAGAUCAUGUAAAAACAUAGCUAAGGCGUGAUAGAAAUGUCACGGAAAUACUAUUGUUUUGUGUGUUAAGGCCACACUCAAAAAGAAAAGCAAUUGUGAGGAAAAUAAGUCAUGAAGGAUAAAAAGUGUCAGUCCUAAUUUCAACGUUAUAAAAACAGUUGCUAUAAAUACAUUUUGGUUUGACAACAUUAAAAAGCAGAAACCAGAUCACUUCUUA